CUUAAUGGACAAACCAGUAAUGACCAAGUCAGUCACUUGUGGUAUCUUAUCUUUCGCUGGAGAUGUUGCGGCACAAUAUAUCGAGCAAAAAUAUUCCAACAGGAACUCUUCCAUAAUCAUUCAUUUGGACAUGCAACGUACUUUGCGUUUUACAUCUUUUGGAUUGCUUAUCUUUGGUCCAUGUGCUCAUUAUUGGUAUCGGUUGUUGGAUCAUUGGUUUCCCAAAGCUACGACGAGGUCCUUGAUAAGCAAAGUAUUGGUUGAUCAAACAUUAUUUACUCCCGUGGCUAUAGUGAGUGUAUUUUCUUAUGUUUCCUUAUUAGAAGGACAUCCUUUCGUUGCUGUUCAAAAAGUGAAACAAGACUUUUGGACAACUUUGAAAGCAAAUUGGGCACUUUGGUUACCGGCUCAAACUAUUAACUUUCGUUUUACUCCACCAGAUUAUCGGGUAUUGUUUGUUAACUCUGUAGCGCUCAUAUGGAAUGUAUAUUUGGCAUCUGCUUCUGCUUCUCCAGUUACCAAAUGUACUAAUACUGAAGAGACUCUGACUAGUUGAUAUCAUCAAAAGUAUUUGUUUGGUUGGUUUUCAUAAAUCUUGUUUUUUUCUAUCCAAAGAAAAAUUGUU